AUCACUUGGCGGAACCCGAACAUGCAGUUCUCUGUUUCUGGGUGUAUUUUGAAGUUAGUUAUUUUGACAGCAUAUCCAGUUGCAGUUACACUACAUAAACCUGUGGAUUUAUUUAUUUAAACAGCUUUAACCUGCAGAGUUUUACCUUACAGGUGGACAUGGCCUCCACGAUCCUGAACACCGACGUAGAGCAGAAAGAUGCUCAUUCGGCGGUGGUUGUGGCCGUGACGUCUCGUGACGUGUUCAAAGAUGAAGAAAAUGAAGUCCAUGAUGUGUUGCAUGUCAACGAGUCUUUCCAGCUGCUGCAGAUACUGCCCAAACUGAAUAAACUUUUAAAGGAGAGAAAUCCAGAGGAGUAUCUGCUGUUCGAUGUCAUCCUGAUUACUACCGACAGUCAGCAACAGCAGCAGAGCUCCCGCAUCAUCAGCAGCACCAAACAUCACGGUCUUGAAAUCAGCAGGUUCUGUUUCGCCAGUGAGGAGGAUUUCAUCGAGAGUUUGCAGAAGAAUAAUGUUCAGCUCUUCUUGACGACAGACAGGAACGAGGCGUCACAAGCAACACAGAAAGGUGUUCUCUCAGCCCUGUUGGACCAGCAGAUAGCUCUCUCUCCAUCUGAUCAGCUCAGGAUACUAUUCUGUGAGGAUGCUGCCACCCAGCCUGACACUGAAUCAGUGACAGCGAGUAAACAGGCCGUUCAGGGUUUAGCGGCUCAGCUGGGUGAGAUGCGGCGGAGGUUCAGCAUGAGCGACAGUCCUCUCUGCUUCAUCCUGGUGACAUCACACAGCGGCAGGGAAAGCUGUGCCAACUCCCUGCUGACUCUACGCUCCAGCGGCCUGAGUGUAGACGAGGUGUACUGCCUGGCUGGGGCCCCACAAGGCCCCAUUAUGUCUGUGCUCCAGCCCCACUUUACGCUCAGUGUCAGCUUCAGCCUUGAGGAGUGAUGACAUCAUGACAAGUAGUGCUGUCUCAUUACCUCUGAAUGAACUUCGCUGUAGCUGUGUCCCAAUUCAGGGGCUGCAUUCUUCUGAGGGCUCAUUUUAAGACCGAUGCAUCACAGAGACAUUUCGAGGCCUGUCCCAGUUUAAAGGCUGCUGCAAAGAAAUUGUUAUAAAUUAGCCUCCCAAAGAUUAAAGCAUGCUUGGGUGAUGCAAAUGGAGCUGCUUUUUUAUCAGCUUUUCUCCCUCAUUAUGUCAAAACCAUGCAUGCAUAAAAAACAGGGAAACAUACCGCCUCGUGGGAUGCUGUUUUUUUAAACACUUGCAAGUAGGGCUUUCAGGAUUAAUUGCAUUAAUUGCAAUUUGAGUCCACAAUUAGUGCACUAAAUGUUUUUUAAACCACAUAUUCCCAAUUUAUUGUCGCUUUCAGCACACUUUGGUUAAGCAUUGUUGACAACCCCCCCCCCCCAAGAGCCACACUAAUAAAAAAGUGACACGUUACUGUUAAAAGUUUUGAUCAAUUUUAUUUUUUCAUCGCUAAACCUAACAAAGUGGGUCCAUACAUGUUUUCUUACUAAAAGACCUUUGCAUAAACUAUUUACCAUGUUUUAUAAUGACUUUUUUUGCAUCUCUUUAAUCAGUAACUACAGAUAUUCUAAGAUUAAUUGCAAUUAAAAUGUUCAUCUUUUGACAGCC